AGCGGGGUGUCACGUGGCCGGAAGGCGCGCGUUGCCAUAGCGACGGCGGGAUGGCGCCGCCGUGCUGGGCGCUGCGGUGCUGCCGCUGCCGCCUCUUCCAGGUGCAGCAGGCCAAACGGAGCGGGAAGUGGAGCUGCAGCGUGUGCGGACAGCGGCAGGCCCUGCAGAAGAUUUACGGCCAGGGGUCUGGCCCAGACUGUCGGAACCACGUCCAGAAAUUAAAUUUGCUGCAGGGUGAGGCGGAGGAAGCAAUUGGUUGGACGCCUCGGUACGUAGAAGAAUCUGUAAAUGACAGCAAAAAUAUAGCAGCCCAACAUGAAGACAGUUCAGUCCAGCAGGAAGGAAGGGCAGAAGUCAGUCGCUGGAGUAAAUAUCUGGACAAGGACAGUGAAGAUCAGGAAGAUGGGAAGGAGGAGGCAGAUACAGAAAGGCAACAGUUCUGUUCCCGGAGGAAGAACACUGUGAAAGAACAAAGGAAACAACAGAAGAGCUUUCUCUCCAGUGAUGUUCAGGAGUACAGAGAGGAAAAUGGAGAUUUCCAGCUUGCCUACCGAGCCAAAAAGGUUAAAACCUCUGAGCUCAAGAACUGUGCAGUAGCAGUGGCUGAUCAAGAUGAUGGAGGUGCUUUUUCUGGAGACAAUGUGGUUCCUGCUGUCUGUGAGUCCGUAGUGCCCGAGGAGAAUACACGAACCUCAACUCCUUGUACUAAACCCUCAAAGUGGGAAAAAUUUCUCUCAUAUUCUGACAGCAAAAACGCUGCCGGGGUCACCUUGUCACCACAGGAUGGCAGUGGAAGGUUGGGGCUACACAGCACCACCGCAGCAGAUGGUGGUGCGGCCAGUAGAUGCUCAGAACAGGCUGGAAGAACUCCAGGUACAGGCUUUGAAUUUAAAAAGCAUGGUGCUAGCACCAAGUGGCUUGCCUUGAAACCGCCUGGCACUGCAGUGCCCAGCAGCAGUUGCUCAGUUGAGGGUGAUGCGUUGUUCAAAGAACCUCAAAGCCAAUUGGUGAGGGCAGGGUCUGGUGUCUCGGAGACAACUGCAGGAAGGUGCAUGAGGGCAAGCACCCUUAACUGUAGGACCGGCCAAAAGCCCAGCAGUGUUUCUCAUGAGCACCUCUUCUGCACUGGUGAGGAGUUUGAUGACGAUCUCUGAGAUGUUCAGGUACCUUUAGCAUUGCUUUCUUGUUUGUCUCUGUAAUGUGUGUGGUAUGUCGAGUUCUGAGGCAAAGUUUUGACCUGAAGAUGCACUUAUUAAAGUUGUUUACUUGCUCUA